CUCAAUCCCAUUCCUCUCCCUUAAGAGAUUAGUAGGUAACAAUCUUCUUCGCUUCCGAACACCAACUCCAGUCGCGCUAGGGUUUUCGCGCUGAAUCCAUAAUCGUACAAUGCUCGGGGGAUUGUACGGAGAUCUCCCUCCCCCUUCAUCUUCCGAAGAAGACAAGCCCGUCAAUUCAUCCAAUGUGUGGUCGAGCAGCGCCAAGAUGGCACCGCCGGCGCUUCGCAAGCCGGCUUUUGCCCCUCCGCAAACGAUUCUCAAGGCCCAGCCGAAGCCCAAGCCAGUGAAUUCAUCGCAGCCGAAGACGGUGAUCUCGUCGGCGGCGGCGCCCCCCGUGGUGGCGGAAGAUGGCGUUCGGAGCGCCGCGUUUCAGCCGGCACUCGUGGGCGUCACGUCUACGGUCAUCGAGGAAUACGAUCCAGCGAGGCCGAAUGACUACGAGGAGUAUAGGAGGGAGAGGAAGAGGAAGGCGAUGGAGGCGGAGAUGAAGAGAGAGCUGGAGAGGAGGAGGCAGGAGGAGGAAGAGAGGGAGAAAAGGGAGAGAGAGGCUGCUGCGGCGGAGAGGGAAAAGGAGAGGGAAUUGAAUAUUUCCGGCGAGGAAGCGUGGAGGCGGCGGGCGGCUAUGAGCGGGGCUAUGCCGAGAUCCCCUUCCCCGCCAUCAAAUGUUGACGGGUUUACUAUUGGGAAGUCGGAAUCGGGUGGAUUGGGCAUUGGUGCUGGUGGGCAGAUGAGUGCCGCGCAGAGAAUGAUGGCGAGGAUGGGGUGGAAAGAAGGGCAGGGCCUUGGAAAGCAGGAGCAGGGGAUUACCACUCCGUUGAUGGCCAGGAAGACUGAUAGGCGAGCUGGGGUUAUUGUCAAUGCCAGCGAGAAUAAGCAGGAGAAGAAGGUGAAGAGCGUGAACUUCAGCAGUCCACCCACGCGCGUUUUAAUGCUGAGAAACAUGGUGGGCCCUGGUGAGGUAGAUGACGAACUAGAAGAUGAGGUUGGAUCAGAGUGCGCCAAAUUUGGAACAGUAACUCGGGUCCUCAUAUUUGAGAUAACAGAGCCAAAUUUCCCAGCUGAAGAGGCGGUAAGAAUCUUUGUGCAGUUCGAGAGAUCAGAAGAGACAACUAAAGCCCUUAUUGACCUUGAAGGCCGUUAUUUUGGAGGUAGGAUUGUCAAAGCUACUUUCUACGAUGAGGAGAGGUUCAAUAAGAAUGAGUUGGCUCCGAUGCCUGGGGAAAUCCCUGGUUUCUGAAAGUAUAGUAAAAAUGUAAUUGUAAGUCCUUUUUUGCUUUUGUCUUUGAACCUUUGGGAAGUUUAAAAAUACCCGCUUGUCUGAACGCUUCCAGUUAUAAACUCGAGGAUAAAGAAGAACUAGCAGUGGAAGCAGGCAUUAUUCAGACAUGGCGAGGAAGCUUUGAGUUUUUGGAAUAUGGAUUGGUGGGUAGUUAUGCAAAUGAUGCUUUAUAAUAUUAUUAAGAAACAAAUAGUAAGUUGCACUAAGGAGGACACCGUUGCAAUUGUUCUUUCAACUUUUGACAUCCAGUGCCGAGAACUACGUUGGUUAGAGAUGGGAGUGCCACAUAAGUAGGAGGUAUAUAUAUUUAAGGGGAGAGUCAGUGAGAUGAAGCAGCAGUAUUGGUGAGUUUGACCUAGCUUUAAAUUUCUGAAUUGCGUGCAGAUUAUAUUCAGGAUAAUAUUAGUGAAAGGAUUAUAAGUUGUUUCUCUGCAAAUUGUGGUCCUGGCUUCUUUUUCAUCCUUUUCAGAACCCCCCCCCCCCUCAAGAAAAAAAAAAAAAAAUCUGUACUAAACGUUUGUGGGUUAAUGGAGUUCAUGUGGCUGAGGCUUGUGAUUCUUGUUA